AUGCAAAGAAGCUAAAACGAUGAUGAUUAACCAUUGAUUCCAUUACCUUAAGCAACAGAAAAAAAGAGACAAGAAAAAUUGGCAUAUGAAAAACAAAUGGCUAGAGUUACUUUAUUGAAAUAGACCCAACAGAAAAACUUACAUCUGGUAUUAUGUAACUUGAAGUAGACAGGCUAAAUUAUAUGAGAUGGCUGCAGAAAAGAUUGAAAAUGGAUAAUCAGUUAAGAAACAGUUACGAGAUCUAGCUGAAGAAGCACGUUAAUUGAAGGAAGAUGAUAUGAGAAAAAGAAAACAUCAAAUAUAAUAGAUAAAAAAACAUGAAGAAGAAUUUAUUUUAAAACAUGCUGCUAAAUAGAAGAUUGGGUAUGCGUGGUGAGUGUAAUUAGCGAUUCCAUGAAGUAAUCUUAAGUUAAGGAGUACAAGAGUGCCAUCAAGUUGACUUUAUCAAGAACAAGAAAUUGUAUACUUUAAGAGAAUUAAAAGAUUCGAGAGACUCUUUAUUAAGAAGAAAAGAGAAGGAAAGAAAAGAAGGAGGAAGCCAAAAAGUUGGAUGAAAUGAAAUCACAACAAUUUUAUAAAGAAAGAGUUUCUUAUGAAAAAAUGAUCGAAGAGAAGUUAAAGAAAUCUAGAGAAAAGCUUUUAUAAGAUGAGUAGAUGUUGCAAAGUCGUUUAUAAGUAUAAAUUAGUUUAUAAUACUUUUAGGAAACUUAAAAUUUGCUAAGUAAAUCUUAAAAGAAAUUUAUGGAACUUCAGUCUUAAAGUGUACACAGCAAAAGAUGA